AUGGCACCAUCACAAGUAGAAGAUAUAUCAAAGACAGAGUUAGAGACCCCAGAACACUGUCCUGGACCAGAAUCUGAACAGGCCGGGAAGGAAGAUGCUUGUAAUGGAUGUCCAAACCAGAGUAUAUGCUCAUCCCAACUACCUCAAGGGCCUGACCCAGAUUUACCUUUAAUUAAUAAGAGAUUAUCGCAGAUAGACCAUAAGAUAUUAGUUUUAUCUGGGAAAGGAGGUGUAGGUAAAUCAACAUUUACAUCCAUGUUAUCGUGGGCUUUAGCUGCAGACGAAGAUAUCGAGGUUGGGGCGAUGGAUUUGGAUAUAUGCGGACCAUCUUUACCUAGGAUGCUUGGGGCAGAAGGUGAGUCGAUUCACCAGUCGAAUUCUGGAUGGUCGCCAGUUUAUGUAGCUGACAAUCUUGGGCUUAUGAGUAUAUCGUUCAUGUUGCCAGAUGCCGAUUCGGCUGUUAUAUGGAGAGGUGCGAAGAAGAAUGGAUUAAUAAAGCAGUUUUUGAAAGACGUUAAUUGGGGAGAGCAUUUAGAUUAUUUGGUAGUUGAUACUCCUCCAGGUACGUCAGAUGAACAUUUAUCCGUCACUACGUACAUGAAGGAGGUUGGAAUAGAUGGAGCGUUGAUUGUCACUACACCACAAGAAGUUGCAUUGUUAGACGUGCGGAAAGAGAUUGAUUUCUGUAGGAAAGCAAAUAUCAAGAUUCUAGGGUUAGUCGAGAAUAUGUCUGGAUUUGUCUGUCCUAAUUGUAAAGGGGAGUCACAGAUUUUUAGGCCAACAACUGGUGGAGGCAAGAAGCUAUGUGAAGAUUUGAAACUUCCCUAUCUAGGUGCUGUUCCAUUAGACCCUAGAAUAGGUAAAGCCUGUGAUGCUGGUGAAAGUUUUUUUGACAGUUAUGCAGACUCACCAGCGUCAAGCGCAAUCUUGGAUGUAGUUGAUGCCUUAAGAGAUCAAAUAGAGAUAUCGCUUGAGAAAUUAAAUAUAUAA